GCGGCUCUUCGGCGGACUUUUUGAUUUGAUAUUUGUAAACCGCCGCAUGAAUUGUUUACACUUAGCAACAUAAAUACUAUAUCAUCCGGGCACAGUUGUUUUUCGCUUGAUCGCUUCCUUACUUUUUAUACACCUUGUUAAAUAUAGAUUUUAAAAGAGUUGUGUCUAGAGUCAAACUGAUGUCAUGUUAUUGAACAACCAACUACUAACUCGUUUGUCAAAAACUGCAGAUCUUCAGUAUGAGCACCUCAGGUCCUUCGCUGAAAAAGAAGAGCUACAUGGGGCAGCACCAAAUCAAGAAGAAAAGUUUCCAUGCUCCUGAUGAUCCACCAGACGGAGACACACUGUUGCAGAAACCCGACAAAACAAACAUCAGCCGCACAGAUGGAGGAGCAGGGUUUCCACUGGGGGAAUCCACUUUAGCUUUAGAUGAAGAAAUGCUUCAGAUGUUGGAUGCUGUAGAUCCCGUGAAGCCUGCCGUUACCACUGCAUGUCCAACAACAGGAAACAGAAAUGCACAGAAAGACGCAGCAUCAUCAGCGGCAUUGGCCCCUGUACGUACUGAAAGAGCCCCCGGCCCCCAGGGAAGAGUCUGUGGGGGUAGUGGUGAAUCUAAUAGACCAGGAUGGAGAUCUGACUGCAAAAAUCUUGCACAGCGGCUUCUCUUCAGCGAGGACUCUGAGGAAGCAGGGUGUGCUCAGAGGGGCCCAUACAAUACCAAGGCACCCCCAGCUUCUGCCUGCAUCAAUGAGCUUUCCGGUCAACAAAUAAAAAACAGUCGGCAAGUAGGCAACUCCACAAAGCAGGCAAGUACUCACAGAAGAAAAAACUCUCCUGGUAGCAACAACCAAAGUGUGUCAAAUAUGAAUGCUGAUCCAACUCCGGAUGGUUCGAGGGACUACAUCUUGUUCAGCCCCACCCACCUCGCGGCUAACACGAAGAAAGCCAAACUCCAGUCGUCAUUACAGAAUCACUCUGCCUCUGUGCUCACGGUCCCCAGUGGCUUAGACCUCACUACUCUGAAUGACACUUUACCUCAGCCAGGCGUUGCCUUGUGUGCUCCCGCGGGACAAGCUGAAAAGCUGCUGUUAUGCAGUUGGGGCUUACCAAAACCUGUCCUGGAGCGCUACCAGAAACACGGAGUGACUCACAUGUUCGAAUGGCAGGCUCAGUGCCUCACUGUUGGACAGGUGCUGCAGGGAGGAAACCUGGUAUACUCUGCCCCCACCAGCGCUGGAAAAACUCUGGUCGCAGAGCUGCUGAUGUUGAAGCGUGUAUUAGAGACCAAAAGAAAAGCUCUCUUCAUUCUUCCAUUUGUCUCUGUGGCCAAAGAGAAGAUGCACUACCUUCAGAGUGUUUUUGAAGAGGCUGGAGUUCGUGUGGAGGGAUAUAUGGGCAGCACCUCAGCGGCUGGAGGGUUCUCAAAACUGGAUGUGGCUGUUUGCACCAUAGAAAAAGCCAAUUCUCUCGUUAACAGACUCAUUGAAGAGGACAAUAUGGGUCUACUAGGUAUGGUUGUGGUUGAUGAGUUGCAUAUGGUUGGAGAUUCUGGAAGAGGAUACCUACUCGAACUACUCUUAACCAAAAUCCGUUACAUUUCGCAGAAGCAGAACACCACUGGGUCUCUUUCUGAGGGUGUACAGAUCAUAGGUAUGAGUGCCACCUUGCCGAACCUCUCCCUUCUGGCCGGCUGGUUGGGUGCAGAGCUUUACCAGACCGACUACAGACCUGUGCCCCUGCUGGAGCAUUUCAAGGUGGGCUGCAACAUCUACGACAAGAGCCUCUCUGUGGUCCGGAAGUUUACUCCUUUACCUCACAUUAAGGGCGAUGAUGACCACAUAGUGAGCUUGUGCUAUGAGACUGUGAGAGAGGGCCGCUCUGUGUUGCUGUUCUGCCCCUCGAAGAACUGGUGUGAGAAGCUGGCAGACAGCAUCGCCAGAGAAUUCUACAACCUCAGAAAUGCUGGUGGUCAGGGCGAAGCAGAGCCUCAGGCAGUGCGUCUGGAUCGGGAUGGAUUAGUGGAUGUUGUGGCCCAGUUGAGAAGAACUCCAGCUGGUUUGGACCCCAUCCUCCAGAGAACUGUGCCAUGGGGGGUGGCCUUCCACCACGCUGGUUUGACUUUUGAUGAGCGCGAUGUGUUGGAGGGAGCUUUUCGUCAGUGCACGGUCAGAGUCCUCGCUGCCACCUCUACCCUCUCGUCUGGGGUUAAUCUCCCCGCUCGCAGGGUCAUCAUUCGAUCCCCUACCUUCAACGGACACAUGUUGGACCCGCUCACGUACAAACAGAUGGCCGGACGAGCAGGGAGAAAAGGAGUAGACACUAUAGGUGAGAGUGUGCUGGUGUGUAAGGAGAUAGAGCGUCAGAAAGGAAUUACUCUCCUUACGGGUACUCUUCAGCCAAUCAGCAGCUGCCUGGUGAGAAGAGAGGGAGAGGGCGUCACCACCAGCAUGCUGAGAGCCAUCCUGGAGAUCAUUGUCGGAGGUGUAGCCAGCACGCCACAGGAUGUGAGGUCAUAUGCUUUGUGCUCACUUCUGGCUGCCAGCAUAAAAUGUGAUGGCAAAAAAGAAUCAACUGAAGACACCAACAAAGGCGCUAUUGAGGCCUCUGUAGAAUGGCUGAUGGAGAACGAAUUUAUCAGCAUCCAGAAGGAAGGACAAGAGGAGCGGUACUGUCCGACCCAACUAGGUGCUGCCACCCUCUCCUCCUCCCUCUCCCCUCCUGAGGCUCUGGGAAUAUUUGCAGAUCUCCAGCGGGCUAUGAAGGGCUUCGUACUGGAAAAUGACUUGCACAUUCUGUAUCUGAUCACCCCGUUGUACGCAGAGUGGACAACCAUAGAUUGGUACCAGUUCUUCUGUCUGUGGGAACAGCUCUCGUCAUCGAUGAAGAGAGUAGCGGAGCUGGUGGGCAUCCAGGAAGGCUUCCUCGCAAGAUCUGUCACAGGCAAACUGGUCGCCAAGACAGAGAAGCAGCGUAGACAGAUGGCCAUACAUAAACGAUUUUUCACCACCAUCGUGCUACAUGAUCUGGUGAAUGAGGUGCCUUUGGGAACGGUGGCUUCCAAAUACAACUGCAAUCGGGGGCAGUUACAGUCUCUUCAGCAGUCUGCUUCUACGUAUGCAGGUAUGGUAACAGUUUUCUGCAAGCGUCUGGGCUGGCACAACAUGGAGCUGCUGUUGUCCCAGUUCCAGACCAGGCUCAGCUUCGGAGUCCAGAGGGAGCUGGUGGACCUCGUUAGGGUUUCUCUCCUGAACGCCACACGAGCCAGAGCAGUGUACGCACAAGGCCUCUGUACUGUCGCUGAGCUCGCCAGGGCUACUGUAGCUGAUGUAGAGAAAGCCUUGAGGAAUGCUAUCCCAUUUAAGAGCUUUAGAGCUGAGGAACAAAGACAGACCGGGAAAAAUGUGCUUUUCAUCUGGGCAUGUCGAUGCAUCAGCAAAGAGAAAAAGCCAAUUGGACGUUACAUAGGAAGGGUGGAGGUGAACCCUGCAGGCCCCCACUGCGAAGAUAUAGAGAUUAAUGCCACUCUUAAAAAGGAUGGGCAGCAGAUUUGUCUGGACCCUAAUGCUCCUUGGGUCAAAAGAGUGCUCAAGAGGAAACCGACAGGCUACGUUUAG